AAAAUAACAUUCUGUAACAAUAUUCGAUAAUUGAUCUAGAUUCGGGCAUCACUAGGAUCCAUUUUUCAACAAUUAAAUUCUGACGACAAGUUAUAUUGGUUAUACUGAACAAUUAUAUUCAACCUAAUUAAUUUAAUGUAUGAUAUUCUAUAGUCGAACAUACUGAAAUAAACCCUAUUGUUGUGAGUACUUGAGAAAUGGAACUUGGGACUAUCGGCCCAAUUACAUUAGAUUCAACUACAAAUUGUACUGAUCUGCAUAGAGGACAAAAUAAUUAUCAGUCAAGCACACUAAUGCAACGUGCUAAUCUUAAUACAUGCAAUAUGAAUCCAACAGUAUGUGAUUACUAUAAUCAUUCAGUUACACAACACUUAGAUGUUAUUCAUAUGGACACUGACAAUAACAAUACCAUUAUUGCUACUAUAAAUACUACUACUAAUAAUAACAAUAAAAUGAAAUACAAUCAGUACACUUCAAUUUCAGUGCCAUCCACUAACACUUGUACAUUGAACAAUAAAUAUUCAAACGAUUUAAGUAAUUUAACAAAACCGCUAUCUAAUCCACUGUUAUCAAAUGAUCGAUUAACAGAAUUAAUAACUAAUCGCCACCAGGAGGAUUCAUCAACAGGAAUUAUGUCAGUUAACUGUUCUAAUGAUAAAGCGUUAAUAAUGAAACAUUCGAGUAAAUCAACCGAUCAAUAUGAUCAGUGUUCACUAAUAAAUAAAUCCUUUUUCAAUGAUUAUAACAAUUUAACUAAUUUCACUGGAGUAAAUCCUCUAACAACGAAAGGAACUACAACUGGGACUGCAACUGCAACUGCAGCUGCAACCUCUGUUGCUACAACGACAUCGGGAACAACACCAAUUACUUCAGUGCAUUCAAUGAAUAAUGCACCAACAAUUCCAGUGUCAUCCUCGUCAUCAUCUCAACCUACAACAACAACAUUAUCGAACGUCACGCAACAAUCAUUUGUCAAAGAGAUAAGCAGAACACCAUCUCCAUCAACAUUAACUGACAAGAAACACUAUCAGUCAAGCGAAAUGGAAUACGCCAAAUUUUCCAACGUAUUAUCAGAUAAUCAUGCAGAGAAGAGUAGUAAAAGUAAUGAGAAUAAUAAUAAUGGUGACAAUAAUGAAAACUCUUCUAAAUGUGAGCAAGAAUUGUAUACACAAUCAAAUUUAAAUCAAUCUAUGCAUAGAAAAUCAUUAUUACCACCAAUGUUACCAAGUGGAGUUGCAUCAUCAAUAUCAUCCUCGUGUGUGUCAUCCUCCUGCUCCUCCUCCAGGUCAUCAUCAUCAUCAUCACCGUUAUAUCGAUUAAAUCAGUUAAUAAGUACAAGUGAACCUUCAUGUUACAUGCGAGACGUGUAUACUCAUAGACUGAUGAGUAUUCCAGUGUCAACAACGUCAACUGUAACAACAGGGAUAAGUGGAGGAAACAAUGGUGAAGUUGGAGUGAUUACAUCAAAUCCUAGUGUCUGUCUGAAUUAUUCUGAGGCUUCAACACCUUUGAAUGCUUCAUUUACAGUCAAUAAAACAUCUUUGACGCAGGAAUCAACAUCAGUAGCGGCAUCAUCAGUAUUAAGUUAUGGGAACAGUAUUAGUAAUAAUACUAGUAAUAAUAAUAAUAAUGUAUUUCAUUUACAAAAUCCUCAUUCUCUGACAGGCAUAGAAAACUCUAAAUUCUCAGUUCAAUCACAUUUAGAACAACUUCCAUUACAGUCAAUAUGUACAACAACUAAUGUUACUUAUUCUACGCAUAUUACUUCUAGUCAUACAACUAAUAAAAUUGGAGGUACAUCAGUAAUUCAAUCAGAACAACAACAACAACAGCAACAACGACCAAUCGAAACCUUAUCAACAUUCUCUAAUCCCUUAUCUAUGAUGUAUGAGAAUAUAAAUAUUAAAAAUGCAAUCAAUAAUACCUACCUUCAACAUCCUUAUCAUCAUAAUCAGCCACAACAGAACCAUCUGAAUCAGGCACAAAGGCAUCAAAUGAGUGGUGCAUUGCCACCAGGACUACCUGGACCACCACCACCAGCACUCCCACCCUCACAGCAACAGCAACAACAACAACUGAAAACACUCCUACCACCAAUGCAAAAUACAAAUUUACACUUAUCUAAUUUUCCAUAUUCAUUCAAUGGUAAUAUUACUAUCCCUAGUAACAAUACUACUACUAAUAGUAGUAAUAAUAGCAACUGUAAUACUUUACAUAUGCAUAAUAACAGUAAUAAUAACACUAAUACCAAUAGUCUCACUGACAGAAUUAAUGCCACUUGUGAUGAAUUCUUGCCUUCAGAAUGUCGGUCAACAAGUGCAGUACGUUCAAGGAAAAAGCGUAAACCGUAUACACGUUAUCAGACAAUGGUUUUAGAAAAUGAAUUUAUGGGCAAUGCAUAUAUUACGAGACAAAAACGAUGGGAGAUAUCGUGUAAAUUACACUUAACAGAAAGACAAGUCAAAGUCUGGUUUCAAAAUAGACGAAUGAAAAAGAAAAAAUUACAAUCACGUAAUCAUCAUCCAACUGGUAAUAAUACAAUGACUGGUAGUCUAUCAGAAACUGGUAAAGAUGGUGUCGAAUGUAUGCUAGAAGAUGGAGAUGAUGAGGAUGAAGAUGAUGAAGACGAUCAAGUUGAAGAUGACGCCGAUGAAGAUGAAGAAGAAGAUGAUGACGAUGAUGAAGGGAAGGAAGAUUUCGACGAAUUAGGAACUGGUAAUAUAUUUGACAGACAUCAUCGUUUACAUCAACACCAUCUUCAUCAUCAUCAUCAGCAACAACAGCAGUAUAAUCGAAUUUUAAGUAAUUGUAACAACCAUCUUGACCUUAAUAAUAGUAAUAAUAAUAAUAGUUUAAGAGGACAAUUAAAAGAAUUUACACUUUUGAAGAAAACCGAUAAAAAUUCAGAUACAACUACUAUUGAAGAAUAUGAAGAAGACUCAUUGAAGAAUGAAAAAACUAGAAGUGAACAUGAUCUGCACAAUUUAAGUCCAGAUAUGUAUUUGAACACCACAUCAUCAUACUUUAUGGAUACUGUCAAUGACUAUGGAGGGGGUAAUCAAGCGUUAUUGACAGACAUGAAUUACAGUAAUAGUAAUAAUAACAAUAAAAUGUGUCAUCGUAUGCCAUUCGAUAAGCUAUCACAUGAACUGUUUCAUCCAUUUUAUCAUUCAUCAAUAGAAAAUAAUCUAAUGAAUUCUGAAUUUAAUUUGAAUCCAGUUAAUAUAAAUAUGAUGAAUAUUGAUAGAGAUUUACUGUUAGAUCCCUUGAAAGAAUCUAUGAGAAAUCAGUUGACUAAUCCAGAUUAUAAUAGGUAUAUUAACUGUUGUCCUGGUUGGUCAACAGGGACUAGUAGUAGCCAAAAUGAGAAUGAAAUCAAUCUGUCUUCAUCAACACCAACGCCAACAACAACAACAACAACACUAACACCACGAACCUCCUCUGAAUCACUGAAUUACUUCACAGGGUUACCACCAACGUCUAAGUGGAAUAAUAUGCAAGCAGAAUAUCCUUCACCAGUCUGUUGUGUGUCGGCUAAUCCAUUUCAUUCAGUAUCAAGUCUAAAAUCGAAUUCUUUGAAUCAGUAUCACCCGCCUCAUCCAAAUCUUGAUCUUCGUAACCAUCAGUACAGUCAUCCCCAACACUUUUCAACUGUAAAACAGUCUGGAAUAAAUGAAUUGCCCAGUCGAAGUAGAAGUCCUUGUGAAGCUGAGGUAUUAUUGUCUGCACCAAUUAAUGAGCAUAAUCUAGGCAAUAGUUUACUUGAUAAAGGUGAAUUGACUGUUGGUAAUCAGUCAUAUUUGUCUCGACUUCAACGUUCUAUGCUGUAUCCGAAUUCGAAUUAUCUGUCUAGUUCAUGUGCUACAAUAACAACAACAACAACAGGUGAAUACCCUUCAAAAUCAUUAAAUUAUAAUGAAAAUAAUUUAAAUUUAUUGUCCCAGUUAAAUACAACAUUCCUUUAUGAUAAUGAUGAGUCUACUAUAGACUUAACAAUUCCUAAUAUAAAUACUUCAGUGUCAACAGGACUAUCGUCAACAACUACGAUGAAUAACACAAGUAAUAAUAAUAAUAGUAAUUUUAAUUUAUUCCCAUUGAAUGAAUCUGACUAUUAUGCUAAUCACGUUGAUCCGAGUAAACAGUAUAAAUUUGAUAAUGACUCCUCAACACUACUUCAAUGUUCUGUAUUACCGACUUUAACAUCAUCGUCAACACCAUUACUUGAAUCAAGAUUUACUUCUUGUUGGCCUACUAUGAAUCAAAAGUACUUACCACCGCCAUCUUCUGCAUUACAUCUUUUAAACAACAAUAAUAAUACUUCAAGUAAUGAGGCUAACAUUUCGGUAGUAGAUGAUUUAGACCAAAGCAGUGAAUCAUUUACAAGUAGUCUGAAUAAUAGUGAAUUAUCAUUAACAAAAAGUAUGUUCCACUCUUUACAGAAUUCUACAAUUCAUAACCGUGAAACAGAUGAAGCUAGUUUGCCGGUACCCAUGAAUGCAUGUAACACAUUCUCUAGAUUUACAGAUAUUACUGAUUGUAAUAAUUCAAAGAAUUUU